AUGCCCUCUCUCAUUCGCGCCAUCGCGCUCCUACCCGCCCUCUUCUCGACCAUCGCGCAUGCCGUCCACCCUGUACAAGUCCGCGGCCAAGACUUUGUCGACAGCGUCUCGAACAAGCGGUUGAUGAUUAUUGGGGUCGACUAUCAGCCUGGAGGUCAAGCUGGGUAUAAACCCCAGGAUGGCCAAGAUGCCUUGACCAAUGCGGAUGUUUGUUUGAGAGAUGCAACGGUUAUGCAAAAGCUCGGCGUCAACACGAUUCGCGUCUACAAUGUCGAUCCCACACUCGACCACUCCAAAUGUGCUUCCAUAUUCAAUGCGGCUGGAAUUUAUAUGAUCCUCGAUGUCAAUUCGCCCUUGUCGGGGGAGAGCAUCAACCGCGCGGAGCCAUGGACCUCGUACAACAAAGACUACCUCAACCGAGUCUUUGGCGUUGUCGAGAACUUCAAGAACUUCCCCAACACACUCGCUUUCUUCGCUGCGAAUGAGGUCAUGAACGAUCUAAGCACCGCCGAGUUCAAUCCUCAGUAUAUUCGGGCUGUCCAGCGCGAUUUGAAAAAUUACAUCAAGAAGCACUCGUCUCGAACGAUUCCUGUAGGCUACUCCGCUGCCGACGUUCGUGAGAUCCUCCAGGACACGUGGGCAUACAUGCAAUGCUCCCACAAGGACGACGCUUCAUCCUCCGAUUUCUUCGGCCUCAACUCGUACAGUUGGUGCGGUGCAGACGCCACCUUCCAGACAUCGGGCUACGUCGAUCUAGUGAACAUGUUCAAUCAGUCAGCCAUCCCUGUCUUUUACAGUGAGUACGGUUGCAACAAGGUCCAGCCCCGUGUCUUCGCCGAGGUCGCGGCGCUCUAUGGCGAGCAGAUGACGUCGCUUAGUGGUGGCCUCGUGUACGAGUACAGCCAGGAAGAAGCAGACUACGGCCUAGUAGUACUCAACAGCAACGGGUCGGUGAGCCUCAGGCAAGACUACGACAACUUGCAGGACCAGUUCAACAAGCUGGACAUCAGUCUCAUCCAGUCCACCAAGCCGCAAUCUACCCAGAUCAAAGCACCCGAGUGCAAUGAUGACCUUAUCUCGGCGGAGAAAUUUAGCAAAAACUUCACGAUUCCGGCCGUCUGCCCUGGUUGUCAAGAUCUGAUCAACAACGGCAUCAAGAACCCGAAGAACGGCAAGCUAGUAGAUGUCACUGAGACAAAAGUCAAGCAACAGGUGUAUGGCUCUACCGGAGUGCAGAUACAGAACCUAGAGCUUACUAUCGUGGCGAACGACGGGUCUAACACCCCCGGUGGUGAGAACACGAGCCCAAGCGGUACGGCUAGCGCACCUCCGCAACCCUCGACAAGUAAGAAGGGGGCGGCGAGCCGCCUUUCAAGCGAUAUGUGGUUGUGCGUGUGUUUGCUAGUAGCGGUAGUGCUAGUCUGA